AGAGGCUUGGAGGAGUUUAAACAGAGGCAGCUGUUAGGCAGUGCAGCAGACCGACCCAUCUCUUCAACAUGAAUCCUGCUCUGGUGUUGUUGGCGUUGUCUUUGCUUGCCACAGUGGCAGGUCAGGCUCACGAGCAUCAUGACAUGGGCUGGGUCAACGGCUACCGCCAGGGCUUCAACUUCCAGUGUCCCCAUGGAGAGGUCCUCGUGGCCAUCAGGAGCUACUACAGUAGUGAUGAAGGCAUGGACCGCUUGUGGUCGUUUGAGUGCCAGCCUACACCUGAAGGACUGGGGGAGCCCAGUGACUGCUGGUGGGAUGACAUCAGUCGUGCUGGGAUGGAGUGGACCUCUACUUGUACCCGCAAUGGCCUGGUGGCUGGUGUUCAAAGCAAGUACUUUGAAGGCCUUCUUGACCGGGAAUGGCAAUUCUACUGCUGCUAUUACAAACGCCGCUGUCCCUACUCCUGCAUGAAGACCACUGACAUUCCUGAAUACUACAGAGAAGAGGCUGAGUUGGUUGUCCCCAGUUACGGCUACUUCAUCCGAGGUGCACAGACCACAUUCAGUGGCGUGCUAAGAGAUCGGCAGUGGAAGUACAUCCUGUGCAGAAUGACCGACUUUGAUUGUGAAUUUGAGAAUUUAUAAAUUUGUAAGCAACCUUUCCAUUAACAGUUCUACCUAAAAGUACAUAUUUACUCUUACAUUUAGACUAUAGCACAAUACUGACAUUAUACAGAACCGAUAUGGUUCAUGUUUUCAUUUAUGUAUUUACUUUUAAUGAAUGGACUGCAGGCAUGUGACAUAUGCCUGCAUAAUUAUGUUUUAUGGAACCAGUCUAGCAUGCAAAAGAACUGCUCGUAUAAAGAUAAGUGUUAAAAUAAAUGUCAACACAGAAGGUCUACAGGGGAUUUAGACUACAUCAGACACUUUGGACAGCUUGAGUGUUUUCAUUCAGUUUAGGAGGUUACUGGAAGUCUUUGGCAGCAUGUGUAAGUAGUUUUUCCAAAACAAACUUAUUCAAUUAUUUGACGCUAUGUUCAUGGUGGUGGAAAACACUGCGUCAGGUACUGCCCUCUUUGUUUGGAUCACGUGAUGUGAACAUUUUCAUGCAUCGUAAAAGCAUUCAGAGAGCUGCGGGGUGUGACAGAUUGGGACAUUGUCUUGGAAGUAACACUGGGAAAAAUCCUGUGUAUGUUGGAAGUCUUGAGCAGCUCUUUCAGAAUCACUGGCAACGCAAGCUUUGCAUGCAAUGAAAUGUGUCCCACAUGCUUUUAGUUGACUUUGGAUCCCUCCUUUAUUAAACUGUCUUGCCCAGUUUGGCAAUUAUGGCUUUA